UCGAGUAGAGGCAGUAACCGCUGUAACGGAUAACAGUGCUCGAGGAUUUAAAGUUAGACUGCGGUCAGCGUGCAGGAACCAGUAGGGUAACGGGACCAGAGAAGGAUAGAAGGCUGUUCCGUCAAACUGGAGCACUGACCAAGGACUUCUUCAUUCAUUUUAUAACAUCUUGGAGCUAUUUGACCAAUUUAAACUUGAUUUAACAUUUACCAGACAAGGAUCAACAUCAACCUUCCUGCGGACGCGAGAAGAGAAGUGAUGAGGACAGUUUGGACAAGAUAACCAUGACAUAGUUGUAAUAAUAGCCCCACUCUUCUGUUUUUUAUGGAACCACUUACUGCCCCUCUAUGACAGUUGGGGAAGUUGUUUUCAAACGUUUAAUUCACAACUGGGAGAGAAGGCCUAUCAAAACAAACGUUUUCUGACGUGUUACUCAAAGGAUCUUUAGAGAAGCUUCUUUCCAUCUUGCAGACAGGACUCCUGUCGAUUAUGGCUAAGACCUUGUUCAUCAGUUUCCUGCUGGUUCUCCUGGCGGGACAUCUCCUCGUGGUUACCGGACAAGCCACCCGAACACCGGUUUCCCAAGACGCGCGCACAGACGUCCAUCCGUCCGCCACACAGAAACCAGUAAUCUCUGGGAGAGAGGACAGGUUCAACGCCAAUGUCACCACUCCUCGGCGCAUGCGACCUUUACCGCCGAUGUGCUCGGGACCCACCGAGAUCAGAGACACAUUUAAGUACAUCAACACGGUAGUAUCAUGUCUCGUGUUUGUGGUCGGUAUUAUCGGGAACUCCACGCUCCUCAGAAUCAUUUACAGGAACAAGUGCAUGCGCAACGGGCCCAAUAUUCUCAUCGGGAGCCUGGCGCUGGGAGAUCUGCUGCACAUUGUGAUUGAUAUUCCCAUCAACGUGUACAAGCUCCUAGCGGAGGACUGGCCAUUUGGUGUGGGUCUGUGUAAACUGGUGCCGUUUGUCCAGAAAGCUUCAGUGGGCAUUACUGUGCUGAGCCUGUGUGCUCUGAGCAUCGAUAGGUACCGAGCAGUAGCGUCGUGGAACCGUAUAAAGGGGAUUGGUGUUCCCAAGUGGACGGCUAUAGAAAUCGCACUCAUCUGGCUGCUGUCCAUCCUGCUGGCUGUCCCCGAAGCUAUAGCCUUCGACAUGAUCGCCAUGGACUACAAAGGAGAGCACCUCCGCAUCUGUCUGCUACACCCCAUGCAGAAUUCAGACUUUAUGAGGUUCUAUAAGUCAGCUAAGGACUGGUGGCUGUUCAGUGUGUAUUUCUGCCUGCCUCUGGCCAUUACUGCCGUCUUCUACACCCUGAUGACUUGUGAGAUGCUGAGGAAGAAGAACGGAGUCCAGAUCGCCCUGAGUGACCAUCUGAAACAGAGGCGUGAGGUGGCUAAGACAGUGUUCUGCCUGGUGUUCGUGUUUGCUCUGUGCUGGUUGCCUCUCCAUCUCAGCCGCAUCCUCAAGCUCACUGUCUAUGACGAGAAAGACCCUAACCGCUGUGAACUGCUCAGUUUCUUCCUGGUUCUGGACUACAUCGGGAUCAACAUGGCGUCUCUUAACUCCUGCAUAAACCCCAUCGCUCUCUACAUGGUCAGCAAGCGCUUCAAGAGCUGCUUCAGGUCAUGCCUGUGUUGCUGGUGUCUGCCAGCUGAGAUGUUGAUGGAUGAGAAGCAGUCCUGUAUGAAGCUCAAAGUCUCAGACCGGGCCUCCGACCAGAGCAACUCACGCGCUACUAACAAGUACACUUCAGCAUGAGAGGGGCCCUGCGCAGUGCAGAGAAGGACUCAAUGAAGUAAUCUACAGUGGGGAAAAAAAGUAUUUAGUCAGCCACCAAUUGU